AUGAGAAUCAUAAUGAUAAGUGUUAAUGAAGAAGUUCGACAAAAAUUAACCAGCGCUGACUAUGCUGUUGCUGGUGGUGUCAGUGGUGUGGUUACAAGGUGUUCUUGUCAACCUCUUGAUGUAAUCAAGAUCAGAUUUCAGUUGCAAGUUGAACCAAUACGGAAAGAUGCAGUUGGUGUCAAGUAUUGGAGUAUAUCUCAAGCAACACAACAAAUAAUUAAAGAUGAAGGAAUUUCAGCUUUAUGGAAAGGACAUGUCCCAGCACAGCUACUGUCUGUUUUGUAUGGUGUUGCCCAGUUUUCAUCUUUUGAAUUUUUCUCAAAAGUUGCUUCAAAAGAAUCUCAGAUAUCACCAUUUAUUCAUUUUAUUUGUGGUGCUUCUGCUGGGUGCUUUGCUACAGUUGCCUCUUUCCCUUGUGAUGUUAUUAGAACCAGAUUAGUAGCUCAAGGUGAACCAAAGGUGUACUCAGGAAUAUGUGAUGCAGCAUUAAAGAUAUAUACCAAAGAGGGAUCAAAAGCAUUCUUUAAAGGCCUAUCACCAACAUUGAUACAAGUUGCACCACACACUGGUGCUCAAUUUGCGUUUUAUGCUGGCUUUAAGGAAGUGUGGAGAAAAUUAGUCUACCCCUUUGAUCUUGCUCGGAAACGUCUGCAGGUUCAAGGAUUUGAAGAAGCUAGAGAGAAAUUUGGGAAGGUUUUCCGUUGUUCUGGUUUAAUGGAUUGCUUAUGGGUAACUCUAAAGGAAGAAAAGGUAAGGGGCCUUUUUAAAGGACUUAACCCUAGUCUUAUCAAAGCUGGUACUACAACUGCCAUUCACUUUUGUGCUUAUGAACAGAUGUGUCACAUUCUAACUAUAUGGCAUUCAAAACUCUAACAAUAUGUGUGUGUGUGUGUGUGUGUGUGUGUGUGUGUGUGUGUGUGUGUGUGUGUGUAUAUUACCUGAUGCUCACUACCCAUGCAAAAUUCCAUAAAUUAUUGUUAUUGUUCAAGAUUAUUUUGUUAUUUUUGCAAGUUUCCACUUAUCUUGGACAAUUGGAAUUUUUAACACUGAAGGAAGAAGGGAGUCAAAGAUCACAACUUCACGAUUGCAUCACAAAACCAUUCAAAUUCUGGAAAUAUGAAGAGAAAAUAUUAAAAAUUAGUGAAACCUUUAUUAAAAAUUCUGAUAGAUUUCAUUCUGUGUGAAAAACAUUAAUGUUGCCUGAUGAGGAAGACCCAACCAUCUUCGAAACUUUGUGAAUAAACAGACACACUAUAAGAGUAAUGAACCUUUUUUCUUCAGUUGUUAGAAAUUCUGAUUGUAUUUAUGAAAACUUUCAAAAAUAAAAUGUAUGCCAAAUAUUGUAAGUAGUAAUUUAUACCUAAUAUACAACAAAUUAAGUAUUGAAAAUACACUCUGUACGAGUUCACAUUUCUCAAUGAUAAUUUUUGUUACAAUCCUUUCUGUUUUGGGUUCUCAGUACCUUGUCUAAUCUGUCUAGUCUAAACUUGUCUAAUCUGAACAGAAAAAAACAACAACAACAACAACAGAUAAAUUCAUUGUAAUACGACAUAUUUUGGAGCCCAUGUGUUCUUUUAAUACAUUCUUUUUGGUGGUUAAGUAAAAUUUCUAGAUGUGUAGAUAUGUAUUUUAAUUCUUUGCAGAAAUAAUUGAUUGUUUUUGGAAACAAUAAUUACUAAUAUGAUCUGAUUAAACAGUAGAGAUGCUAAUGUGAUUCAGAGAAAAUAAAAGUAUAUUCUGAUUAAUUCUUACAGUCCAGGAUAAAACCGAUAAAUCCUUCUUGCAAUGAAAUAUGUAAUAAGUAAUUUAAAAAAAUGUUUGAGGUGUGUUCAGGCACUUCAAAUCAAUUUUGUGUUUUCAAUUGUCAACUAAAAGUAUUUUUUAUUGUUCCUUUUUUUAAAAAAAAGUUAAUUUGUUUCUUUUUUGUACUUACACUUUUUUAAAUUUCUUAAAUAUUUUAAUAAUUAAAAAAAGUGAGUAAGGAAAAAAGAGAGUAAAAUAUAAAAUCCAUUGUCUUACUUAUCUAGACACUUUACCAUCAUUAAGAAAAAGAAGUAUAAAUACAUGUCACCUCAUGCACACUGUUCAGAAUAUGUUCAAAACUAAGUCUUACAUAAGUAAAUAGUCAUUAAAAUGGGUAGUAACAAAGUGGCUCUUACAUAUGAAUUAUUUGAAGUUCAUACUAUCAAUUUCAGCAAGUCUGAUUUAACUUA